GCAAACGAUGCGUUGUGUGUAACAGUAAUAUGUGCUCGACAGAGAACACACGGUAGAGGACGACAUUCAAGGUGUCCAGCAUGCCCGUGGACUGGGUAGGAUACAGCUAUGCAGCUCUUGUUGCAUCUGGAGGAGUCAUUGGUUAUGUGAAAGCACGCAGCAUCCCCUCACUCGCUGCUGGUGUUCUUUUUGGCAGUCUUGCUGGUUUAGGGGCUUACCAGAUCUCCAACGACCCAAAAAAUGUGUGGGUGUCCCUCGCCACAUCAGGAGUUCUGGCUGGCAUCAUGGGAAAGAGGUACUACAGUUCCAGGAAGCUGAUGCCAGCUGGCUUGAUUGCUGGAGCAAGUCUUUUAAUGGUGGGGAAGGUUGGCCUGACGUUACUCGGAAAACAUCAUGAAUCCUGACCAAGUUGAAGUUUCAUCUACUUCAGGGGUGAAAGAUCAGCAUGUACUAAAUGAUAAUGUGAUUGUCAAAAAAAAAGAGUAUAUUUGAGAAUUAAAUACUUGUUUA